CGUGAUCAGAGAGGCGCUCUCUGUGAACUUGGGACUGGCAAGUAUGGGAAUAGGGGAGACGCGGCCCAGGAAAAUGGCGCUGACGUCCAGUCUCUUCCAGUGCAGCGAUCCAAAGAAGUGGCAGCAAGUUUCUGAUAUCUACUGGGAUGUGGUUGAGGCCGCGGGAGCCAAGAAGAAACGAUUAGUAGAGCUGGAUAGAUGGUUUCAGGAGGAGCUGCAGGCGACUAUUUCCGCGCGGCCUCAGAAAUCCUUGAAGCAGGAAGAGCUGGUGAAGCUCAUGGAGUGGAAGCUGCUGAGGGGAAAGUUCCGCCCUCGUUUACAGCAGAUGGCGGCAUCCAACCCGGAGAGCACAGUAGAAAGCUGCACCAGGAAGGCUUUCCAGCGUCUUCCCGAUGUCUCUGCUGCUAUAGAAGAACUGUGCACACUAAAAGGCAUUGGGCCUGCCACGGCCUCCGCUGUCCUGUGUGCUGGGGCCCCGGAAUCUGCGGCGUUCAUGGCAGACGAAGCUGUGGAGAGUGUGCCCGGUCUGGUACCCGUCCAGUACAACCUGAAACAUUACCUGAAAUUCCUGGAGGAGAUGCGCAAGAAGGCCCAGACAUUGAACGCAGAUUCGGAGGAGGAGAAUUGGACCCCUCAUCGCGUGGAGCUGUGCCUGUGGGCGUGGAAGGUCGGACAGAAGUCGUGCCCCAAACUCCUGGAGGCUCUGGAAGAUUCAGACGAGAGACCGGCGAAAAAACUAAAGACAAAGCAGUGAUUGAGAUGGAGGGGCCACG